CUAGCCAGCGGCUUGAGAAACCGCAGGCUCCCCGACUGAGGUCAGCUUUGCAGGAAACCCACGGCCAGGGCUGCAGGGCAGGAUCCCCCCAGUCCGGCGGCCCCUUCCCCUAGGGACGGAGAUCCUUGCAGACUGCCUCCGCCGGCUUCCUCCGAGUGAGUCACUUUAGCCUAAGACGAUUGGCUCCUGGAGGUCGCGAAACCUGCUCGGCUGUGGGACCGGAGGAGGCGCCCUGGAUCGGCCGUCCUCGUUCCCCUGACGGAGGGGCCGCGUCCCGGAGUCCGCCAUCUCUGCCGUUGUCUCCAGGCUUCGCUCUCCAGCUUCGGAGUCCGGGUUGUCUGCUGUGCAGGUCUGAAGACCCUUAGGGAGCAGCCUGGCUCCUGAGCUCCAGGGAAUGGAACUGUUGACAUUCAGGGAUGUGGCCGUUGAUUUCACUGAAGAGGAGUGGGAAUGCCUGCAGCCUGCUCAGCAAAAAUUAUAUAGUGAUGUAAUGUUAGAGAACUACAGAAACAUGGUGUUCUUGGGCAUGGCUUCUCAUCAUAUCCAAGAAUUUUCACAAGACCAGGGCAUAAAACAUAUACUUCAAAAAGUGAUAAAUGGAAAAUAUGGAAAUUAUGAACUUGACUAUUCACAACAAAGAAAAAUAUGGAAAAUUGUAAGUGAGAAUGAACAUCAUAAAUUAUAUUAUCAAAAGUCAGUCCUUAUUCACCACCAUAGAAUUCGUAUUAGAGAGAAUCCCUGCAAAUUUAGAGAAUGUGACAAAGCUUUUAAUGAAAAAUCUCACCUUAUUUGCCAUCAGAGAAUUUAUACUGGAGAGAAGCCCAACCAAAGUAAAGAAUGUGGCAAAGAUUUCAUUAAAAAAACACAGCUUAUUCACCACCAGAGAAUUCAUACAGGAGAGAAGCCGUACAAAUGUACAGAAUGUGGCAAAUCUUUCAUUAAAAAAAAGCACAUUAUUUAUCACAGCAGAAAUCAUACUGGUGAGAAGCCCUACAAAUGUACAGGAUGUGACAAAGCUUUUAGUAAAAAAUCAAGACGUUUUAGCCACGAGAGAACCCAUACUAGAGAGAAGCCCUAUCAAUGCAAAGUAUGUGGCAAAGCUUUUAAUCAUAAAAGUAGCCUUAUUUGCCACAGCAGAGUUCAUACUGGAGAGAAGCCCUACAAAUGUGAAGAAUGUGGCAAAGUUUAUACUAAAAUAUCAGCCCUUAAUUACCACAGAAAAAUUCAUACUGGAGAGAAGCCCUACAAAUGUAAAGAAUGUGGCAAAGCUUUUCGUAAAAAAUCAAGACUUAUUAACCACCAGAGAACCCAUACUAGAGAGAAGCCCUACCAAUGCAAAAUAUGUGGCAAAGCUUUUAAUCAAAAAAGUAGCCUUAUUCGCCACAGCAGACUUCAUACUGGAGAGAAGCCCUACAAAUGUAAAGAAUGUGACAAAGCUUUUAAUGAAAAAUCAUACCUUACUUACCAUAGCAGAAUUCAUACUGGUGAGAAUCCCUACAAAUGUAAAGAAUGUGGCAAAGCUUUUAUCAAAAAAGCAUACCUUAUUCCCCACCAGAGGAUUCAUACUGGAGAGAAGCCCUACAAAUGUACAGAAUGUGACAAAACUUUUAAUGAAAAAUCAAGCCUUGUUUGCCACAGAAGACUUCAUACUGGAGAGCAGCUCUACAAAUGUACAGAAUGUGACAAAGGUUUUAGCAAAAAAUCAGGCCUUGUUCGCCAUCAGAGAAUCCAUACUGGAGAGAAACCCUACCAAUGCAAAGUAUGUGGCAAAGCUUUUAAUCGAAAAACUAGCCUUAUUUACCACAGCAGACUUCAUACUGGAGAGAAGCCCUAUGAAUGUGAAGAAUGUGGCAAAGGUUAUAUUCAAAAAUCAGCCCUUAAUUGCCACAGAAAUAUUCAUACUGGAGAGAAGCCCUACAAAUGUGAAGGAUGUGACAAAGUUUAUAGUCAAAAAUCAAGCCUUAUUAAGCACAGCAGAGUUCAUACUGGAGAGAAGACUUAGAAAUGCAAAGAAUGUGGCUAAGCUUUUAAUCAUCCAUCAAACCUUACUAGACAUCAGAGAAUUCAUAUUGGAGACAACUUCUACAAAUUAUUAUAGCAGAGAAAAAUUAUUCAAAUGAAAAAACUGUUACAAUGUGAAAAUGUCUCCCACAAUAGGUCACCCCUUACUCAACACCUAGAAAACAUACUAGUAGGAGAGGGUCAAGUGGAAAAAUUUGUUUCAAAACUCAUAGACAUUGCUCAAACAUUAUUGAACUUUGGAGAAUUCAUAAUCCUCAGCAACCUUAAAAAGUUAAAUAAUGUUUCCAAUCCCUUAUUUAAAUUUCAAAUUUAUUAAACAUCUGAAACCUUAUUCCUGUAGUGAAGGUUAAACAGCAUUUUCCAAAAUAUGUGUCAUAUUUAAUAGUGAAAUAUUUACAAUAAAAACCUUGACAAAUAUAAAGGAAGUAUACUAAAGUCCUUAUCCAUACCUCAUAACUUGAUGUACUUGAGGGUCAGUAAAAGAGAAAAUAAUUUAAAUAUAGAAAAUGAGCAACUGGCUUUAAUUUUUUAUUAAAAUUUAUUAAAUAUUAUUAGGAGAUAUGGAGAGAUAACAAAAUCAUUGUAGAUAUUAUACAUCCAGAGUGCAGAUAGCUCAUCUUUGAAAGGAUAUGCAUUUCUUAUAAAUCAACGAUUACUGAAUAUUUGCACUUUUGAAUGUUGGAGAAAAUUAUAAGAAAUAUAUUUUUAAAAAUUUUAAUUUUUAAACUUCAUUUCUUGUACUGUGGGUUAAAUUUAAUGUGUGAGCCACAUUCUCAGUCUCACACACACACACACACACACACACACACACACACACACCUCCCUUCCCCGACUCUUAAA